UUAUACAUGAUACAUGGGAAUACUUCAGAGCAACUGUGAAUAAAUAAAAGCUCUUAUGAGGCUAAUUUGCUGCUCUUGUGCUUAUAUCAAUUUUAAUCUGGAAAGCCAGUCUUGUAAACUCAAUAUAGCAUAUAAAAGUCAGCUAGAGUUCUUUCUGGCUCAUGCAGCAUCAAUAAUAACAAUGCUGCCCAUAUAUAUGAAAGCACAACUUGGUCUGGGCAGCUCCAUUGAACGUGAUUUUGCAUGGUUCUGAAGGUAAACUUCGUUCUUUAAUUGGAACUUGGUUAUGUAGUCUUGCUAAGGUAGGAGCUGAAAUAGAAUUUACUCUGUUUUGUAGCUGCAUGGACUCUGUAUUUUGAAGAGUGGGGACUUCUAAAUCUCCCUUUUUUGUCACUAGAACGUUGACAGUCUCUGAAUACACAUGCGAAACUUCAGGAAGAAGAAAUUCCCUGUUGGUGUACCACUAAAAGGCUGUUUACAGAGGGAUAAAAUGAUGAAGGCAUUGGAUUUUAGUUUUUAUAAGCUUUUGCUAGUUCUUGAUCAAAGCUGUGCCAAUUGUUUUUUUUUUAAGCUCUUUUCUGUAAUUGUGAUACUUUUCAGUAGUUAACAGGAGUUUUACGUGUAUAACAUGCUAUGUUAUAGAACUCACAAUGUACUGGGGCUUCUGCAGAAAACCCCCAAAACUGGUUCUGUCCUACAGCCUUAUGUAGACUAAUACACACACAAAACUUUGGAAACAUACGUGAUGCAAACCUACCAAAGCAAGGAAAUGAAAAGUUAAGUAGCUUAACAGUGCAUGCGUACCUUCUCCAACAACAACCAGGUACCUCCCCUGCUGACUGUGCACCAGAACCUUAACUCUGCCACAUCUCUGCAUCGAUCUUGGAAGAGCAUGCCAACCAUAUAUGGCAGUGGUGAAGAAGGCAUAGAGAUGUUUGCGAGCAGAGAGCGUGGAGGGGAAGGUGAAAGGAGACCAAGUCUGAUGUACAUAUGGACUCUGCUGUGGGGCCACCACUCCAUUUGGAAAUGGAAGUCAGUGAGGAAGGAUGGUUCCUAUAGUUGCUGAGAACUCCCAGAAAUGAGACUUUCCCUGUUUCCUCUGCCCCAUCUUCAUUCUACAUUUGUGGGACUAAGUGAAAGAAUAAGGAUCACUGCUUCUCCAUGACCUUGGCUCUGUUUAAUGAUGGAAAAUGUGGUUUUCCGUGGAAAAAGUUGAUUUUUCAGAAAUGUCAAUUUUGCCUACAACUAUCCAUUUUCCUAAUGGAAAAUUAAAACAUGUAGUUCCGGGGGGUUCAGUGUUAAUUUAUAUCCGUCUAAACUGCUGCAGUGUGUCAUGGUGCAUCAUGGGAUAGUUAGUCUAGCAGGGGACCUUGGCUUGUAAAGAAGAAUGGGACCAUGAGCCAGGUGAACUACACACUCCUAGGAGAUACCAGGGCAACUCAAGCAGGCAUCAGUUAAUAUUGACUCUUAAUAAUCAGAUAUUGCCAAAUCAAAUUUUUUCUGAACUUUUUGAUCUGCCAAAAGUUUUGAUAGUUUGACUUUUUGUCCCAAUUGAGGAUGAAAACAUGAUGAAAUACUGGAAUUUCCCAUGGGACAGAAAUUAUGUUUUCCAAUCAGCUAUAACACCUAUCCCACCCUGUCCCUUGACAUGGAUAGAUGAAGAAAGUUGGAUCAGUGUGUGGAGUACUACCUGGUUCUUUUGAAAGGCUCUCAGAUACCAUGGUGAUGAGCUAUAGUAUAAGUAUUUAGAUGGACCUACUAAUAGACCAGCAAUAUGAUGACCCAGAGCGCUUCUAGAGAAUAAUAUUGCCUUUGCCAGUGCUACUGGCAACAGCCAAUUCCACCUCAGGUCACAUAUUUUAGAAUCUGACCAUAUCAGCUGGGAGCUUAUGCACUUUACAUUGACUGACAAAUUACAACUGCUCUCUGGGGCAGCCCUUGUGUUAUUAAUGAGGAGUUGGGUUGGUAGAAAGGGAUAGUGUCAAUGUUAAAGUGCAGAAACCCAGUCUCUCCAAGCUGUAGUAGCCUGGUAUGAGUUCUGCAGUGCACCCGCAGAGCUCAAUUUCAAGGAUUGGUAAGAAAUCUGGAGGCAGACUUACAUCAGAGCACCCAGCAUCAUUUAAAUCCAUAAUGUCAGAUUGAUUAGAGUGAGGUUCAGAGUAGGAGAUAGUUGAGACCUAGUACCAAGGUCCUUAGAAAAGGGCUCUUAACUGCUAAAGAAACAUUAUUGUGAACCUCAUGCUAGGAGACAGUUUCUCCUUAGCUGGAGGAACAGAGGGGGACUUUCUAUUGCAGCUGGCUUUCUGAGCCACAUUCACUUUGCGGAAAUACCCCCAUCUGUGAAGACCUAGCUAAUUGGGAACAGUGAGGGAGGGCACAUUCACACUGUUCUCUGUGAGAAGUAGAGUGGGGUUGGUGGGAUCUGGAUCCAUUCCAGGGCACCUAGAUUUGUGCCUCAGUUUAGUUGGUUGCUUGUGUUUAUCCAGUAUUAAGUUGCAGAUUGAUCUUCAUUUAGAGAAAGAUCUGGGAGUUAUGACUUAUUUCCUGUUUUGUUUUACAACAGACUUUCUGCAGUUGAGAAAACUGGUUGGCUCCUUUUGGUUUUAUUUUGUGAAGCCCACAUCAUUCUGAACUUCCUCUGCUUCCCAGAACUGCAGAGAGAUCUGAUGGUUUAAAAACACACAAUUAAUUCCUCAGCUGUAGCUUAGUCAAACCAUUUAACCUCAUUGUGGUGAAAAGGAGCUGGGAGUUCUGGGCUCUCUUCCUAAUCUAAGAUUUAUCCUGGGGGCCAGGGCAAAUCACCUCCCCUCUCUGUGCCUCAGUUUCCUUGGGAGUAGAGAUCAGCUGCCUAUCCACACACACAGACUGGUUAGGGUUAGUUAACUGGAUUUUGUAAAAUCUUGAAUGAAAGCCACUGUGUAACUGCCAAGUAGGUAUUUCUUAUUAAAUUAUGGAAUUUGUCUAGGGUGUGCAGGUUUUUUUUCCACUCACUCACCAUCAGGCUUCUGAAAUCCAUCAACCCCUCUGAAGGGGCUUAUUACCCCUUGCUCUUAAUGUUUAUAAACUAGCCACAAAACUUCAGUAUUGAUUUACAGCCGUACUGCUGCAGCUGCUGAGGGGUCUGAGAGGAGCAAAGUGGUGGCAGAAUAAGCUUAGGGAGAGUGGGAAAGACUGAGCCAGACAGGAGCCUAGGAAGCAUGGUCUAUUUUUAGGACAAGGCUGGCAUAUCACAUAUUUAUCAAAGUCACAGUUCCAGAUGCCUCACAUGAGCAAAGGGUGCUGAAGGGCUGAGUUAAUUUUAACUCCUCCAGCUGACAACUAACAUGGACUGUGCGCAGGAACCAGAAGGGCUGAGACUUCGGGCAGAACCAGUUACCGACACCAUUCUUGAGAUUGGACAGAGACUUUUCCAGGUCAAUCGUGGUGCAUUAUCUCUCCACAGUCGCUAUUUUGAGGCCAUGUUUUUUGGGGGCACUAGAGAGAGCUCCGAACACCACAUAGUGAUCAGAGGAGUAGAUGCAGAGACUUUCCAAGCACUUCUCGAGUUCACUCGCACAGCCAAGGUGCUCAUAACUCUGCACAAUGUCACCCGCCUGCUGGAAACAGCCGACUUCCUCCAGUUUGAGAGAGUGAAAAGGAUGUGUGAGAAGUUCCUGGAGAGGGAGCUGCACGUUUCCAACUGUCUGAGCCUGAUGGCCUAUGCCCAAUGCUUUGCCUGUCCAGAGCUUCAUGCAUCAGCUCUCAGCGUGGCUCUCACGCACUGGACGGAAGUGACUUCUCAGGAAGAAUUUAAGAAGCUUCCCAAAGAAAUGUUGCUGCAGCUCCUGCAAAACAAUGACCUCUUUGUUCCCCAAGAGGAUGUCGUUUUUGAUACUGUGAUGAAAUGGAUAAUGCAGGACCCAGCAUCUAGGGAGGAGGCCUUCUUGGACUUGGUGGGGCAGGUCAGGGUAACCUUCCUGAGUCUUUCCUUCCUUGAUAUCUUGGUGAAACAAAGCAAAAGCCCUGGAGAGAAGGAUUCCUCUGCCAGGCUGCUAAAGAAGUUAGACAGCUGCCCUCCGCUCAGAUGGAGGAACAUGGAGCUGUCUCCUUGCACCAGCAGGAGCUAUGAGACCCUAUAUAUUCUGGGAGGGAAGCAUGAUAAGGAGCAGCAAGAAUUAUUUCAGUUUCAACCUAAAUCUGGCACCUGGCAUCUUUGCUCCCCGCUGCAGCGCAGGAACCUCAUCCAGUAUGCAGUGGCAGCAGUAGGGAACUUCCUUUUUGUGACGGGAGGUUAUUUCCGAGAUGAGUUUGUGUGGUACAGCGUGGACUGGGUGUUGAUCUAUAAUUGCUGGGACAACAACUGGCUGGAAGGGCCUGCUAUGAAGCAGUCUCGCAACAGCCAUUGUGCCGUAGGGGCUGGGCUCUAUCUGUAUGUGCUUGGAGGGAGCACAGAUGAGGGCAUAAUCCCAGAUGUGGAGCGCCUGGCAUUAAUGGACUCGCAAUGGCAAAGCAUGAGCCCCAUGGUUCAGCCUGUGGAGAGAGCAGGUGCAGUCAGUGUGGGGACCAGGCUUUACGUGGUCUGUGGCCUGGAUGAAAAGGGAGAUGUGUAUGGUGGAGUGCAGAGACUGGACAUGGAGAAGGAUGUUUGGGAUGUCAUCUCCUUCUCACCACUUCCCAGGUAUGACCUCUGUGUUACAGCUCUGAAUGGAGCACUCUACACCAUAGGAGGAGGAGCCUUUCGCUUUGAUAUGGACACAGAUGAAUGGACCCAAGUGGAUGAAGAGUGCCUGACUCAGAAAUUCUUCAUGGGAUGCAGCACUGCGAAUGGCCGAAUUUAUCUCCUGGGACAGAGGAAGGGGAACAUGGCUGUCCCCAACAUGGUGCUCUUUGACCCUUACACUGACACAUGUCAGGUGGUAGAUAGCAAACUCCCUUGCCCCGUUCCUAUUUAUGGGUGUGUCUCUAUACGAAGAUUUGACACAUGAACUUAAGCAAGGCUGGACCCAGGUCACCAUACAGAAAGGGAGUCCAGUGUGUUAACACUUACAAGGGCUGAUAUUUAUUGUUUGUAGAACUUGUAGACUCUUGAAAACAUCAUUUAUUCCUCUCCUGAUUUUGUCUUUUUCAGUUUGGCAAAUGCUGGUGUCCUUUGUCCUCAAGGAGCCUACAGGCAAUGGAAGAUUUGCUCCUUUCUUUAUCAAGACAUCUCCACUGGUGUCAGCAUGAUUCCAUGAAAACAUUUGUUAGCAAACUCGCUAACUUGGCCUCCGCAGUAGCAGCAGAAGGAAUAACAGCAUUGCAGGGUCGGUCAGAAACAUGGCUGUUGGUUUUUUGUUUGUUAUUUUGAUUUUACCAAAUGACAGGACAGCAGCUUCUCAACUGCUGAAGAGCACUCCAGGCAGCAGCAGGUAGAAGGCAUCUGUCCAAAGAAAACCAAAUUUCAGUCAUUGAAAAUUGAUUCUUUUAUUUUCAGCCCAUAGGGAUGACAGUACCUAAAAUGCAAACAGAGCCAUGACUAUACAGACCUGAGCUACUUCAUGCUUCACUCCUCUGGGUUCCUAAGGAGCCUGGGCAGGGCCCUGAUUAUAUUGGAAGGAAAAGAGCAAGCAUAUGGUAGGAUUUAAACUGAUUCUUUAUUCAAGCCAGUGCCCUCAUCACCUCUGUGCUGACUCAGCUCCAUGUGUAGUGUCACUCAGGUUUUAGGUAGCACCUAGGGAACCCUGUUCAGAGCUGCUGUUGAUGGCUAUGGAGAUAGUUCUACAAAUGACAAGAGGCCAUCGGCUAGCAAAUAGGAGUUGAGCCACAUUCACUUUGCGUUGUUCUAAUCUUAUGGUGCUCAGACAGGGGAUGAAAUCCUGGCCAUUGAUGUCAAUGAAAUUUUGCAGUUAGCUACAAUGAGGCCAAGAUUUCACCCAGGAUGGGUACAUCGUCCCUCCCCGCUGCAACAUUUCUGUUUAUUAUUAUGCAUGAGGCUGCUUGCUUCACAGCUGAGUGACAUUUUCUGACUGAAACUGUUUCUCUGCAAAAAAUGAUUUGGUGUCACGGAAAUGUUUCAAUAAUUUGUGAGACAAGAUGGGUGAGGUAAUAUCAACAAUUUGUGUUAGUUUCACCGAAGUUUUCAUUUUGAAAACAAAGCUAACAAACUCCAAACAAGUCAAAACAUUUUCUUUUGACAUUUUCAAA